AUGCAAUCUAACGAGUCUUACAAAACUGUGUUUGUAAUGUUAAGAACGCAAAAUAUGCAUAAAUCAUGUGAAGAUGCGUAUAAGUUUGAGAAGGGUCCGAGUCGGAGAGAUACAAUUGCUUUCGAUAGCAUUACUGUUAAACGAAAUCUUUGGUCAUUCGCAGUCGAGGCCGUUUUGGAGUAUUGUAGAAUCAACUUUGACAUCUUUGGUCAAUCAAAACCUAUUUCCCUUAUAUCAGUCGAUCUUGAAGAGAAAAUUCUCACCCUCUGGUAUGAGUCAGAUCAAUCAAUUAGGUCCGUUUGGGAAGCCUUUUCUUCUAUAAGCACUUCUACUACAUCGGUUGAUCUUGACUAUCCGGGCAUGCCGGGUUUAUUUUCAUGUAAAAAUACCCUACACAUGCCAACACCGCAUCAAGUCACUCAAAAGCACCCAAAGAACCUUGGCCGUGUCAUAGUUAUUGGUUCGAACAUUGAGCCAAAACUCACGGGCUGGGUUGUUCAUCUUGAAGAAGCCCUUGAAGCACCACCGACUGAAUCGAGUUAUUUGCCAAUACACGGUUCCGAGUGGAUCUUCAUUGACAUCUCUACUACUCCUGCCUCUCGUGAUGUUGAACUCGAUAAGGUUAGUUUGGGUCUUUUCACCAUUUUCAAAAACUUGAAAAUAAUAUCUUUGAUUAUUCACUCAUUUGGAAAUCACACUAUUUUCUAUCGUCGAGUGGCAAUGUUGGGUGGCAAUUUCCUGGCACACGCUCUAAUGCAGUUGGCUGAAAGGAAUCUAAAUUUGGUGAGCACGAUGGUUCAGGACAUUCCUAUGAAAGAAGAGGCAAAUUCGGGCUCCGUGUCGACUAUGUAUGGAGUGGAGCUUCUGCAUGAAGCUGAGGGUCAUGCUUUCUUGCGUGAUCGUGGUUUGGCGAGUCGGCUCUACCUUCGAGACGAAAAUAAUGAAAUGAAGUACCGGUCUCCGCCUUCAGGAUUGUCGAAAACUCUGGGCAUCAGCUGGAUGGCCCCGCGUCCUACAGAUAAUAAAUACCUCCGCUAUAGUAUUGGGGCAUUCAGGGUAACAAUGGCAGCCGUGGCUAAUAGAUCUUCUGUUUGCUUAUCUCAGUUCAUAUUAAGUGGCAAGUCUGUUCUGCUUGGACAAAAGGUGAAGUCCAAAGAUGUCCUAUCAGAGGUUUUCCUUCUUCUCUGUCACGGCAAUCUCAUGUACCUCCAUAUUCUUGCAACCUCUGUACCGCUAUCUUCCCCUCCUAACUUACCUCUCUUCCCUGAGAAAAAUAAAGUGGACGUGGGCAAAGAUGCAGAUUUCCGCAUUUCCCAGUUCAUCAAUGAAUUUCUAAUUCCCUCGCGUCUUGCACCUGCCUCGGCUAGUACCACUUAUUCCGAAAUUCCAAAAGUUAGAGCACAUCAGGUUGUUGAAAGAGCCACGCGAUAUUGGCCCUUGAGAAAUGAAUCUUCACUCCUUUGUGGAAAUAAGACUGCAGCUCCUCUGUUUGAACAUUUACCAAAGGAUAUUAUUGAGAUGGCUGAGAUUACUGCUUGUGAAGCUGCUAUUGAUAAUAUAAUCAGGACCAUUACUUCUCUUCCCAUACCGGUGGAUUCGACUUCUAAUGGCCUGCUAUGCAGCACAACCGUGGCUACGGUUGUGGAACUAAGCUUCCUUCUAGAACUCUAUGCCGACAUUUCAGUGGAUCAUGGUGCGCUACUGGAGAAUUUUAAAAAGAAAUUGGAGGCCACGAUGUAUGCCAGUCAUCGACUAACAAAGUUACUUCAGAAGGCAAAGGAUUUACUUUUGCAUGGCAAUCCGACACCUGGGAGUUCACUCUCAAAUUUAACUGAAGUCAAGCGCAUUGCUGCAUGCAAGUCUAAGGUGGCACCAAAUGUUCUUCCUAUCCCAGAGCUUAUUUCGAGAAAACAAUUUAGGAAUAUUACUUAUACCACUGUUCCAAGGGAUGUCUUUGUUCGACAACUCCUUCAAGCAGGUCGAAACCCCAUUAAGCCUGAUCGUGAGUUCGAGGCGGUGAUGGCUGCAGGCAGCUCAAAACGCACUAUACCACUUUACGGUGGACUUAAGCAUGAUGAUCCGCAGAAAUGA